AUGCAUAUCCGGGAUAUGAUAGCGGACGCCGAGAGGACCGGCCAACCGUCCUUCUCGUUCGAGUACUUUCCCCCGAAGACCGCGCAGGGUGUCCAGAACCUCUACGACCGCAUGGAGCGCAUGUAUCACUUUGGCCCCAAGUUCAUCGACAUCACCUGGGGCGCCGGCGGCCGUGUGGCCGAGCUCACAUGCGAAAUGGUCGUCCAGGCACAGACCUACUUUGGCCUCGAGACCUGUAUGCACUUGACUUGCACCGACAUGGGCCUAGAGAAGGUCAAUGAUGCUCUGCAAAAGGCCUACAAGGCGGGCUGCACAAAUAUUCUGGCCUUGAGGGGUGAUCCUCCCAGAGAGAAGGAGAAAUGGGUGGCCACGGAUGGAGAUUUCCAGUACGCGAGGGAUCUGGUCGGCCACAUCCGCAAAACCUACGGGGACCAUUUUGAUAUUGGCGUGGCGGGCUAUCCGGAGGGCACAGACGACAACAAGGACGAGGAGCUACUGCUUGACCAUCUCAAGGAGAAGGUUGACAUGGGCGCCUCCUUCAUUGUAACCCAGAUGUUUUACGAUGUCGACAACUUCCUGCGCUGGGUAGGCAAGGUUAGGGAAAGGGGCAUAACCAUCCCCAUUAUCCCAGGUAUCAUGCCUAUUGCUACCUAUGCCAGCUUCCUACGCCGCGCAAACCACAUGAAGUGCAACGUCCCAAAGGAGUGGAUGGAGGCCCUGGAUCAUGUCAAGAACGACGACGUGGCGGUCCGAGACAUUGGCAAGACCCUUGUUGCUGAGAUGUGCCGAAAGAUCCUUCAGGCUGGUAUUCGACACCUGCACUUCUACACCAUGAAUCUGGCCCAGGCCACUCGCAUGGUUCUAGAGGAGCUUAAGUGGAUGCCCUCCGUGGAGCGGCCUCUUAAACAGGCUCUGCCCUGGAAGCAGUCAUUGGGCUUCGGCCGCCGUGACGAAGAUGUACGCCCCAUAUUCUGGCGCAACCGCAACAAGUCUUAUGUCACCCGGACCCAGGAUUGGGAUGAGUUCCCUAACGGACGCUGGGGUGAUUCUCGUUCUCCUGCUUUUGGCGAACUGGACGCCUACGGCAUUGGCCUGACCGGUACAAACGAGCAGAACCGUAAGAAAUGGGGUGAGCCCAAGUCUAUCAGUGAUGUCGCCUCUCUAUUCGUCAAAUAUCUCAAUAAUGAGCUCGACUGUCUACCUUGGAGCGAGUCACCCCUCACGAGCGAAGCCGAUUCCAUCCGGAACGACUUGAUUGAACUCAACAAACGAGGUCUCAUUACAAUUAACUCCCAGCCUGCUGUCAACGGAGUAAAGUCCUCACACCCCAUUCACGGGUGGGGCCCACCGAACGGCUAUGUGUAUCAGAAGUCAUAUCUUGAGGUUCUGGUCUCACCGGAGAUCUUGCCUGAACUGAUUGCACGUAUUGAGAAGCAGCCGGAUCUGUCAUACUACGCCGUGACGAGAAAGGGCAAUCUGCAGAGUAAUGCGCCACACGAGGGACCAAAUGCCGUCACCUGGGGCGUCUUUCCAGGAAAGGAGAUUGUUCAGCCAACAAUUGUUGAGAGUAUCAGCUUCCUCGCUUGGAAGGAUGAAGCCUUCCAGCUCGGCUUGGAGUGGGCACGCUGCUACGAUGCAGGCACCCCUAGCCGAGUCCUGCUAGAAGAUGUGAUGGACCACUGGUACUUGGUCAACAUUGUGAACAAUGAUUUCCACCAGUCACGGACCAUCUUCGAGCUAUUCGACGGCCUUGCCGUCAAGGACCUGGACAAAGUUGCUGAGACUAAUGGUCAGGUCGAACCCCAACCAAAUGGGGCUUAA